AAAUUGAAAUGAUGAAAAAACAUAUGGAGGAAGUGAAACAAGUAAUGGUGUGGAUAAACGAAAAGUUGGAAACGGCAGGCAAGAAACUUGUAAAAAAAGUUGAUAAAGCGUGGAAAGUGGGUAAGAAGACCAAUGAAAGUAUGGAAAAUAUCCAAAACCAGUUGCAAAAGCAGCAGAACAGUAGGACUGAGAAUGCAACCGGAAGGAAGCGCAGCAAGGAGAAACAGAAGGUGGACCCCCUCUGUCGUGACACUUUUCGAAAAAUGUACAAAAAUCUUAAAAAGAAAGAGAGCUUUCAAGGAUUUGACUUCAAACGAAGCUUUGACUCAGCGGAAAACGAGGAAGUUUUAAAGAAAGUGAAAGGAAAAAUGUCUGGUAGCAAUGGCUCCUGCAAGUGGACAGAUGAACAGAUAAAGGUUGUUGGUCGAAGAUAUUACUUGUCUUUGUACGAAACAGACAAGAAAAAAUCUGACAACAAGUACGACGAACACAAGAUAAGUAGUCGACGUCAGAACAGGAAAAAACAGAAAUUGAAGAGAAGAACAGAAGCGCUGGAUAAGAUUAACUGGGUUAUACAUCAAAAAGGAAAGGCGGCUGAGGUGCUCACUGAGGAAUAUAUGUCAUCAGAAGUGUCAGAAUCAGAAGAAGAGUCGCUAUCGGGUGAUGAAGGGUGUGUUAAAGAAAAGAAGUUGUAUAUCAGAACGGUUACGUGGGAGAGCGAAGAGCUCAAAACAAUUAAAAACAAACUUGAUGAAGAGUACGCCAGUCGUCAGACUUCUCGCGCUCGACGUCGUGAAUUUCAAAGAGAUAGGCGUCCCGAAGACGUUUCUUCACGUCCAAAACCUUACAACGGUCCAUCAUGGGCUUUCAGGAAGGACGAUCAACAAAUAGAACCCGGAUUGGAAGGCUGAAAUUUUAUUUAGUAUCGAGCACCCUUUUGCCUAUAUAUUUCCCUCGCAGUUUAAGAUAUUUAUGAUAAAUGGAAGCUACGCAGUUUUCAAUAGAUGUUUUAGUAUUAUGAUAAAUGGAAACAAUUGUAAGGAUUUAUUUAGGUUUUCUGUUGGAUUCACUCACCUAUGGCACCCUUUUCAAAGGAACAGCAGUCUAUUUGUAUGAUAUUUCUUCCAAAUAAGGUUGAAAAUGGGACAGAACUACAGUUUACAGUUCUUCCAAGACUACCAAUGUAUCUCACAAAGGCGAUUUCCAAAUAACUUCACGAACUCUGUCAACAAGUUCUCAGUUUGUUAAUGCUGUUGACGAUGAUGCCUGUUGAUUGGCCACAUGAAUGUAUUUUAGCAAGCAGUUCAUUUCGAGUUGACUCAUUGACAAAAGCUUCAAACGUCAUUACUUACUAGGGAAAGCUGUAAUUAAUGUAUUACUUGAAAUAUCAACGAUAACAGUGACAGAGUAACAGGCCUUUCUCGUUUUCCCGUUGACUCCGACUUGAAUGGAGAAUUUCUUUCUGAAAACCAUUCUGUCCGGUCUAGAUCUGUGUGGCGAUACCUGAUCCGGUCUUUCUUGUGUA